GUGGAGACGCAGGCCCGCGCCGUGUCGUGCUGAGCGUCCGCCGGUAGCGGCACGGGAGAACCGGGGCCGGAGGUGGAACCGGGGGCGGUGGCCGGAGCCGGGGCAGCGGCUGGGGACGGCGCGGCCGCGCGGGACGGAUGGCGGAGCCGAGCGGCUGCGCGCAGAGGCGGCCGGGCGGCGGGGCGGAGCACGGCGCGCGUAUUUCCGGCCACCUCAGCGCUCGCCUUCCGCUGCCGCUGCCCGGCCGCGGGGGUCCCGCCAGCCCGCGCCGCCAGCCCGAGCGCGGCGACGCCCAGGACCGCGAGGUGCCGCCGCCCGCCGCCGCCAUGCUGGACAUCUUCCGCUCCAUCCCCACGCAGAUGGACUACAAAGGCCAAAAAUUAGCAGAACAGAUUUUUCAAGGAAUCAUUCUUGUCUCUGCAGUGAUUGGUUUCAUCUAUGGAUACAUCACUGAGCAGUUUGGAUGGACAGUCUACAUAGUUAUGGCUGGUUUUGCUUUAUCAUGUCUGCUAACGCUCCCUCCAUGGCCUAUGUAUCGUCGCAAUCCUCUGAAGUGGCUACCUGUCCAAGAAUCGGGAACAGAAGAUAAGAAGCCAGCAGACAGAAAGCCAAAGAGACAUACUAAAAGCUAAAGAAUUUUUUUUUUUUUUUUUUUUCCAUGAUGUUACCUUGUAGCAUUUAGCUUUAUUAAAUUUUUAAUACCUUUGGACUGGGAAA